GAAUAAAUGAUAAAAUUGGGAACUAUAUGACUGAAAAAGAAAAAUUACAAAAAGAAGUUGAAAUUCUCAAAAAAAAAGUGGAUGAAAAGACUGAAGAGAAAAAACAUUUGGAAAAAGACUUAAGAAAAGCACAAGAAAAAAUUAAAAAUUUAAAUGAAAAAAUUGCUGAAUUGACAGCUCGAUUAAUCCCCAAAAAAUUUAAAAUGU